AUGUUAGCACUGUCUGGGCUCCCAGGGCAGCGGCACACCAACACCAGUUCUCCAGGGUCCAUCACGGCUAUUUUGCUGGACAGAAUCCACGACUACUCCACUGAUUUAAACGUCUCACUGGGGACUCCUCGCCCGUGCCUGCUGAAUCAGUCUCAAAGAGACUGCGAGGGGGGCUUCUGGUGCUCUGACGGGUCUCAGCCUGGCAGCGCCUCCCUGGGGCCCACUAUCUCAUUAGUGCUGCCCAUCAUCUAUGCCCUUAUCUGUGCCACCGGUGUCCUGGCCAAUGGACUGGUGAUCUCCGUCGUGCUGGGCUGCAAGCAGAAGGUGGUGUUGGACAUUUACAUCCUGAACUUGGCGGUGGCUGAUUUGCUUUUCCUGGUUGGGAUGCCGUUCGUCAUUCACCAGCUCCUUCAGGAGCAAGGCUGGAUUUUUGGGGACUUCCUGUGUUGGGCGGCUACCACCAUCGAUCUCAACAACCAGUUCAGCAGUGUGGCUAUUGUCACCUUGCUCUGCGUAGACAGGUAUGUGGCAGUAGUAUACUCCUCUACCAUUGGCCAGAAACGGACCUUACGCUGUACAGCUCUGAUCAAUGCUAGCGUAUGGGCUGGAAGCCUCGGUCUGGCCACACCUGCUAUGCUGUAUGCCCGGGUGCAUUGGGACAACACGACUGAGAUCUGUCUGAUUGACUUACCAGGUCCCCACAGUGUGUACUGGUACACCCUCUACCAAUCGCUGGUAGCCUUCCUGUUGCCCUUGCUGGUGAUUACCGUGCUGUAUUCAUUGACUCUGCACCACCUCUUCCGUGCCAUGCGCCGCGUGCGUAGGAAGGCAUCUGCCCGCAGCCGGAAGGUGACCCGCAUGGCCCUCACUAUCAUAGCUGCCUUUUUUGUCUGCUGGACACCCUACCAUGUGCUGCAGUUGGUCAACCUAACGACCUCACCUUCUGCUACCUUCUUCUACUUGUACCAGGCGACAAUAUGCCUCAGCUACGCCCAUAGUUGCGUCAGUCCCAUCCUGGUGAUCUUCUGCACUGAGUUCUUCCGCGAGAGGAUGGCCCAGUCCAGGUGGGGGUACUGCAGAUUUCUCACUAGAUGGAGAAGGACACGGAAAAAAGCUUCCUUUUCUAUCCCAGAAAUCACAGCCACGGUGUACAGCCCUCAAGUGAGCCACGCUAUGUCUCCCUUUGGGACAGGAAAGCCUUUAUGUUCCCUGACGGAGACCACCGGAUUCAGCGAUGUUGUCAGCGGGCUUGAGGAAGACUGCAGGGUUCAAGAGCCUAUGUGA